GGACGUUUCCAAGGUAACAGCGCAGCGCGGCGGACUCCCACUCGGAAGUGACGCUCUUAUUUAGCGUCGGCCGUUAGCGGGUUCGAAGAUGGCGUCGCGUAAGGCUAGGCGGCGCACGUGUGAAAGCGGGGAACCUAUGGAGGCCGAUUCUGGUGACAACGGGUCCAAAGGCCCAGCCCAGGUUUAUCUGCCCGGUCGGGGGCCACCGCUGCGUGAGGGAGAAGAGCUGGUUAUGGACGAAGAAGCCUACGUGUUGUACCACCGAGCGCAGACCGGUGCCCCCUGUCUCAGCUUCGACAUCGUCCGGGAUCGCCUGGGAGACAACCGGACUGAGCUUCCCCUCUCCCUCUAUCUGUGCGCUGGAACUCAGGCUGAGAGUGCCCAGAGCAACCGACUGAUGAUCCUGAAGAUGCACAAUCUGCAUGGGACGAAGCCCCCACCCUCAGAAGGCAGCGAUGAAGAGGAGGAGGAAGAAGAUGAAGAGGAUGAAGAAGAGAAGAAGCCUCAGCUGGAGUUGGCCAUGGUGCCCCACUAUGGCGGCAUCAACAGAGUCCGGGUGUCCUGGCUGGGUGAAGAGCCAGUGGCUGGGGUGUGGUCAGAGAAGGGCCAGGUGGAGGUGUUUGCUCUGCGGCGGCUGCUGCAGGUAGUGGAUGACCCGCAGGCCCUGGCUACCUUCCUCCGGGACGAGCAGGCCCGAGUGAAGCCCAUCUUUGCCUUUGCCGGCCACAUGGGAGAGGGCUUUGCCCUUGACUGGUCUCCCCGGGUGCCAGGCCGCCUGCUGACAGGAGACUGCCAAAAAAAUAUCCACCUCUGGACACCCACGGACGGUGGCUCCUGGCAUGUGGACCAGAGGCCAUUUGUGGGCCACACAAGUUCUGUAGAGGACCUGCAGUGGUCACCGACCGAGGACACGGUAUUUGCCUCCUGCUCAGCCGAUGCCUCCAUCCGCAUCUGGGACAUCCGGGCAGCCCCGAGCAAGGCCUGCAUGCUCACCACAGCUGCAGCCCACAACGGAGACGUCAACGUCAUCAACUGGAGCCACCGGGAGCCCUUCCUCCUCAGCGGCGGGGAUGACGGCGCCCUCAAGAUCUGGGACCUGCGGCAGUUCAAGUCUGGGUCCCCAGUGGCCACCUUCAAGCAGCACGUGGCCCCCAUCACCUCUGUGGAGUGGCACCCCCAGGACGGCGGAGUCUUUGCAGCGUCAGGGGCAGACAACCAGAUCACGCAGUGGGACCUGGCUGUGGAGCGGGACCCGGCGGCCGGUGAGGCGGAGGUGGAGCCCGUGCUGGCGGAGCUCCCUCAACAGCUGCUGUUCGUGCACCAGGGCGAGACAGACCUCAAGGAGCUACACUGGCACCCGCAGUGCCCCGGGGUGCUGGUCAGCACCGCCCUAUCGGGCUUCACUGUCUUCCGCACCAUCAGCGUCUGA